CCAAGUGAUUUCGUGGGGACCAGAAGUUGGGAACCAUACAGCUUAUCACUUGGAACAAGCAUGUGGUAGGCUGAUGGGUGUUGUUCCAAACUCAGAGAAAGGCAAGCAGGCAGGGAUGGAGCUCACCAACAUCCCCUAUCUUGCAUCAUCUUCCUCCUCCAGCUUCUUCUACUCCAGCUGCAGUCGCUGUACCUGCAGGGGCAAAAGGGCUGGGAACCUGGUAAUAACAGCUUCUGCAGCUGGUGGUAGGUGUGCUGCUGAUUUGGCAUGUUCACAGCUUGUCGAGCAGGAAAAUGAAGAUGCCCUUUCAGGGAGAAUCCACACAACAAAACUCAGUAUGGUCAACUAAAAUUUUCUUUGUAUGGUGGCCCCAGGUCCUAGAUCUUCCUGGCAUUAUAGAAGGAGAGAGUUUGCUUCUGCCAUUUUGCUCCCUUUUCUGCUUCCUCAUGUUGACGUCUCAAGUGCAGCUGAGACAUACAAUGAAUCAAUCAUUCGAAGUGGCGUGAGGAAUGUUUUAACCAAGGGCAAGGCUGCUGGCGUGCUUCGUUUGGUUUUCCAUGAUGCAGGGACUUUUGAUGUUAGUGACAAAUCAGGUGGCAUGAAUGGCUCUAUAAUAUAUGAAGUUGACAGACCUGAAAAUACUGGGCUAAAUAGAUCCAUAAAGAUAUUAGGAAAAGCAAAAGCAGGAAUCGAUGAUAUUCAGAAAGUGUCAUGGGCGGACUUGAUCGCUGUGGCUGGUGCUGAGGCAGUUGCACUCUGUGGUGGGCCUGAAAUUCCAGUAAGGCUAGGACGAUUAGAUUCCAGUACUGCUGAUCCAGCUGGUAAGCUCCCUGGAGAGACAUUGGAUGCAGCUGCCCUAAAAACAUUAUUCAGCAGAAAGGGUUUUUCGUCGCAGGAGAUGGUUGUUUUAUCUGGUGCACACACAAUUGGAGGCAAAGGAUUCGGGAGUCCAAUCGUUUUUGACAACACCUACUUCAAAGUGCUCCUUGAGAAGAAGCCACAAACAUCUUCAUCUGGCAUGGAAGCAAUGGUGGGGCUGCGCACGGAUUGGGCACUCACUGAAGAUGACGAGUGCUUAAGAUGGAUUAGGAUGUAUGCAGAGGACCAAGCUAAAUUUUUCGACGACUUCAGGGAUGCAUACAUCAAGCUGGUAGAUAGUGGAGCCACGUGGAGAACAGCUUAAUUAGAAUUUCAUGGCUGUAAAAUGUAAUGAAUUUUUUUUCUAUAUAGGCAUAGGCUCGUUUGAAACAUACGUGUUUCAUAGAAUUUUUUACCAAAAGCAGAGCAGUUUUUUCCAGGCAAAAUGCCAAUUGAACACAAAAGACUCGUGUAGACACAUCCGACCUUCAUUCUCCAUAACAAUGAAUCAACAGUUAAGCUACA